AUGGCGCCACAAACCUCCGUGGAGCGCAAGAUGUUGGUGGAGCUCAAGCGUCAGGCGGUGGCCUCCGCCCUCCUCCACGGCGUGAUUUGCAACGAGACGACCAUCCCCGAGAGGCUGCUACCACAGGGAUAUCGAGGCACACGUCCAUCGCCACUUUGUCUCGCCCCCUCGCAACCAUCCGCUACAGCCCAUCAAAACACUACAGCAGACGUCAUGGCUGCCAAUGCCAAUCGCUGGAAUGCACUCAGCGCACGUCUGGUACAGGAGUCUCACGAAGACAUGCUCGAGCGGACCUUUGUGACCCGUCAGCCAGUCACCGCAAUCGCCACGCAUCCUGAUCACCUUCCUGACCUCAUCGACUCUCGAGCCCACCCCAACGAACCAAGCGCCGAAAGCACCGCAUCUGAUGUUCCAGCCCCUACGGAUCACGGGGAUGGCAUGCCUCUACUCCACACCCUACGAGAGCUUUCUUUGGCUCGCCAGCCUACUAGAGGACUCAACCGCCAACGAGCCAUGCAAGAUGCCUCUCCUCGUCCUACUUCGCCCGUCCACACCGCUGUUCCCGCACAACAUUGGGAGACGAUACGCAUUCGGGAGACCUUCACUCGCACGGUUCCUAGCAGCUACUUUGCUCCAAACCAAGCGGACGACUUCGACCUGGAGCGCUCUCAGACGGUGGAUGAAAUUGCUGCGAGCUCCAACACCAGCUCAGAAGCCAAGCGGGUGCUGGAGAAGUUAAACGCGGACGAGUGUCCAAUGUGCCAUGAGAAGUACACCCCACCGCUCGUCUUCACCACAUGCGGUCACGUCUUUUGCAAGGACUGCGUGGUUCCUGUCAUGCAGUCGCGCAACGAGUGUCCCUUCUGCCUGAAGCCUCAUCGUCUGCGCGAGCUCACUAAGAUCGAGCACGAAGCAUCUUGA